AUGCAUUUUGUCCAAGAAAAUUUGGACACGAUUCCCUUCAAAACUUUACGUCGCGAUGAAGAAAAGAUAGGCUUUCAAGAGCAAUCAGACCAAAUGAAAAAGAUAUUACAAGACGAUCCCGCCUUAUUUCUGAGUAAAUGGGGGCGUUAUUUACCCCACAGCGUGUUAAGUCAAUUCCAAAGCAUCAAAGAUAAUUAUGAAGUGGAUUUUUAUCUCAAGAGUUUGCUUUAUGAGGAUGAAGAGGAAGUCUCGACACGCCCAGCCAAGUCAGCUUUACGCACGCUUGUUCAAAAUAGACGUUAUGAAUAUUUGAAACGACACUUAAAAGACUCGGAUUAUUUCUCAGACGAAUCUAUCCAAUUACGGGAUCCAGCUUUAUACGACCAGUAUAUUGGUCAGCAUAUAUCUGCUCAAGAAAAAGAAGAACCGUUUGCAGAUGAUAUGACCCUUGUGAAUCGAAUCUUAAGUAAUAUCGAUCGAAAAUUCGUAGACGAUCAUUUACAUCGUCAAAAGAUUGUGGAUGAAGAACAAAUGGAGGAGGAAGAGGAGAGUGAGAGUGAGGAUGAGAUACUGGAAAAAUCUACACCCACAGUGAUUACAAAAAAGAAGACGAAAGAUGUUAAUAUGACGGAUUCUGACUUACCCAAAGACGAUGUAUUAGAUUCUGAUGAAGACAAUAUGGAAGAAAUAGAUGAAAAUGAUACGGAAGAAAUCAUGAAAUUCAGGGAAGAACAACGAUUAGAGCUAAUUCGACUGCUUGAAGAAAAGUUUUUAGCGGGAAAAGAUGAUUUCGACUAUGACCAGGUGGAUUACAAUGAGGAAUAUGAUGAUCUCGAACAGUUGGAACGGGAUAUCCAAGAUCGAUACUUUGACGAAGAUUAA